GGGCUCACAGCCGGGCGGAGCCGCUGCUGGACCCCGCGGGGGGUGCGGGAGAGCCCGGCACGGACCCCCCCUCUGGGCCCGGCCAGGGGGACCAGCCCCGGGCUCUGCCCGCCCCAGCCCCCACCCGGAGCCCGCAGGCUGCAGGAUCACGUCCCCGUUUCGCUGGUGAUGGUCCCAUCCUGCCAGGUGCGCGGGAAGGGAAAUGGCUGCGGCGGACCCGGUGACCUUCCAGGAGGUGGCUGUGUGUUUCACGGAGGAGGAAUGGGCCCUGCUGGACCCGGCUCAGAGGGCCCUGUACAGGGACGUCAUGCAGGAGAACUAUGAGGCCGUGACCUGGCUGGGAUUUCCAGUUUCCAAACCAGAGACCAUCUCCUGGCUGGAAGAAGGGAAGGAGCCAUGGGUCCCCGAUCUCCCGGGCUGUGAGGAGAGGGAAAUCCCAAGCGAUCCCCACAGAGCAGGCGAUGGGACGGUGAGUGGGAACGAGGAGGAGAAUCCUCAGCAGGGGACGGUAUCGGGAAGAGGUGAAGGGGACGUUUCCCAGAGUCCCGAGGAGGGAGAAGCCCGUGAGAGCCAGAGCCGCACAGAGAGUCAGCAGGGAAACCACUCAGAGGAGACACUGGUUAAAUCCACUCACAGCGGAAGAGGAGAGAAGAAAGUCAAGGAAACUAUUCAACAGAGAAUCCCCACUGGAGAGAGACUCCAUGUGUGCAGUGACUGUGGGAAAAGCUUCCGGUACAGAUCAGAGCUUAUUAGACAUCAGAGAAUCCACACAUGUGAAAGCCCUUACAAGUGUCCAGACUGUGGGAAAAGCUACAGACACAGGUCAACCCUUAGUGGGCAUCGUACACUGCACACAGGAGAGAAGCCCUAUAACUGCCCUGACUGUGGGAAGAGCUUUGGUCAGCGCUCACUCCUUAUUAAACAUCAGAGACUCCACAGAGGGGAGAAACCCUACAAAUGCUAUGAGUGUGGGAAAAGCUUCAGUCGGAACUCAAACCUCCUAGCACAUCACAGAACGCACACUGGAGAGAAACCCUAUAACUGCCCUGACUGUGAGAAAAGCUUCAGAUACUGGUCAACCCUUUUCAAGCAUCAGAGAAUCCACACAGGAGAGAAGCCCUAUAACUGCCCUGACUGUGGGAAAAGCUUUGGUCAGCGCUCAGCCCUUAUUAAACACCAGAGACUCCACAAAGGGGAGAAACCCUACAAAUGCAAUGAGUGUGGGAAAAACAUUAGUCGGAAACACCUUCGAUCACAUCAGAGAAUCCACACAGGAGAGAAGCCCUAUAACUGCGCUGAGUGUGGGAAAAGCUUCAGGAACAGCUCAAUCCUUAUUCUCCAUCACAGAAUCCACACGGGAGAGAGACCUUAUGAAUGUAGUGAGUGCAGGAAAAGCUUCCGUCAGAAGAACGCCCUUCUAUCACAUCAGAGAACCCACACAGGAGAGAGACCCUAUGAAUGUCUUGAGUGCGAAAAAAGCUUUAGGAACAAGGCACACCUUAUUAGACAUCAGAGAACCCACACAACAGAGCGACCCUAUGAAUGCCUGGAGUGUGGGAAAAGCUUCCGUGAGAAUUCACAAUUUCUAUCACAUCAGAGAAUCCACACAGGAGAGAGACCCUAUAUCUGCCCUGACUGUGGGAAAAACUUCAGGCAGAACUCACACCUCCUAUUACAUCAGAGAAUCCACACAGGAGAGAAACCCUAUAACAGCUCUGGCUGUGGGAAAAGCUUUGGUCAGAGCUCACCCAUUUUUGAACAUCAGAGACUCUACAUGGGAGAGAAACCCUACAAAUGCAGUGAGUGUGGGAAAAGCUUCACUCGGAAGUAUUCCCUUCUCUUACAUCAGAGAACCCACACAGGAGAGAGACCCUAUAACUGCCUUCUCUGCGGGAAAAGUUUCUAUGAGAGAACAGCCCUUAUUCAACAUCAGAGAAUCCACACGGGAGAGAAACCCUACAAAUGCAAUGAGUGUGGGAAAAGCUUCUGUCGGAACACAUACCUCCUAUCACAUCAGAGAAUCCACACAAGGGAGAAACUCUAUAACUGCUCUGACUGUGGGAAAAGCUUCAAUCAGAGCUCAGCUCUUAUUGAACAUCAGAGACUCCACAUGGGAGAGAAACCCUACAAAUGCAGUGGGUGUGGGAAAAGCUUCACUCGGAAAUAUUCCCUUCUCUUACAUCAGAGAACCCACACGGAGGAGAGACCCUCUAACUGCCCUGUCUGCGGGAAAAGUUUCUAUGAGAGAGCAGCCCUUAUUCAACAUCAGAGACUCCACAUGGGAGAGAAACCCUAGAAAUGCAAUGAGUGUGGGAAAAGCUUCCAUCAGAACGCACACCUCGUAUCACAUUAGAGAAUCCACACGGGAGAAACCCUAUAAUUGCCCUAUCUGUGGGAAAAGCUUCAGCCAGAGCUCACACCUCCAAUUACAUCAGAGAAUCCACACAGGAGAGAGGCCCUUUAACUGCCAUGACUGCGGAAAACCUUCAGUCACAGGUCAGCCUUUGUUUCUCUCUGGAUAAUCCACACAGGGAAGAAACUCUUUUAAUGUCCAGAAUAUGGGAAAAGCUUCACUGUGAGCUCAGCCCUUACUACACAUCAGAGACUUCACAGUGGAGAAAGACCCAAUGAAUGUAUUGACUGUGGGAAAAGCUUCAGUCAGAUCUCACACAUUCAACCACAUGACACAACACACAUGAGAGACAGACCCUACAAGUACCCUGGUUGUGGGAAAUGCCUUAUGUCACAGCUCAAACCUCAGAACACAUAAGAGAAUCCACAGGCAACACAAACCCAAGAAGCAUCCUGGCUUGCAGUGGGCCAAAUAAACAACACUUUUGCCAAUUCCCGCAAAUCUCAGAGGGUCAGACAAGAUGUGGCUGGAGUGGCCAUGUAACGAGGACACGGCAUAAUUAUUAAAGCAGAAAACGAAAUCACUUGCCUGGAGCAGAGCUGUUUAGAACUGGGGGAGCUUUAGGUUGGAUAUUUGGAAAAACUCUUUCACUAGGAGGGUGGUGAAGCACUGGAAUGGGUUACCUAGGGAAGUGGUGGAAUCUGCAUACAUCCGAUGAAGUGAGCUGUAGCUCACAAAAGCUUGUGCUCAAAUAAAUUUGUUAGUCUCUAAGGUGUCACAAGUACUCCUUUUCCAUUCUUAGAGGUUUUUAAGGCCCGGCUUGACAAAACCCUGGCUGGGAUGAUUUAGUUGGGGAUUGGUCCUGCUUUGAGCAAGGGGUUGGACUAGAUCAGGGGUUCUCAAACUGGGGGUCGGGACCCUUCAGGGGGUCACAAGGUUAUUAUCUGGGGGGUCACAAGCUGCCAGCCUCCACCCCAAACCCCGCAUCGCCUCCAGCAUUUAUAAUGUUGUUAAAUAUAUAAAAAAGUUUUUAAUUUAUAAGGGGGGGUCGCACUCAGAGGCUUGCUAUGUGAAAGGGAUCACCAGCACAAAAGUUUGAGAACCACUGGACUAGAUGACCUCCUGAGGUCCCUUCCAACCCUGAUAGUCUAUGAUUCCAUGAUAAGAGUCUGAGAUAAGUCUUCCACGUUGUGAUGGGAUCUGAGUAUAAUUUUCAACCAGUUUUCAUUGAGGUUCUCCAUUGAUGUUUGGUUUUAUAUACCUAAACUCAACCUUAUGUUAUGUGCUCUGACUUCUCAUUAAGUGUUGAUAGUACUGUAGGCUGGGAUCCGCCAAGGGACUUAGGUGCUGUGACCCUCAGCAAUGCCAAGACUAAAUUUUUAGGCACCUAGAAAAUCACAGGAACAACACUGGAGCAAUGAAGCCUGAUUUCGGGGCACUGGUUCCCUGUACAAUGAAUGAAGAGAAGUAUGAUUGACAAAAGACAGCAGACUAGGCAGGGCACUGCCUAAGCUAAUCAAUGGGAGAUUGGCACACAGCUCUCUGGCUAUGGUCCCGCUAAUAUUUUGCAUCCAUUUGUGGAAUGAAUUUUGUUAUGUGCACUGAGGUAUGUGUGGAUGUGCGCCACCAGUAGAAACAAAAAACCUAGCUAUAAUCUAUCUUUUUAAAAAGUUACCAUAGGAUAAUUACUUCAGCCAGGACAGGUUGGGCAUUUUAGAACUCACUACUCAAAGAAUUAAAUUGAAGUGUAAGAGAGAAAUAAAAGUAUGAAAUGCAUAGACCAGUCAAAGAACUAAAACAACAGCACUUUGAAAGAAUAAAAUUGCAGAGAAUAAAUGUGCAUUGCGGGAAGUACCAAGAAGUCACACCCACAACAAUAAUACAAGUAUGUGUUGGGAGGUGAGUGUGAAAGAGACUGUGUGUGUGAGAGAGAAAGACACUGUGUGUGUGUGUGAGAGAGAGAGCGACAGAGAGAGACACUCUGUGAUGUGUGUGUGUGUGAGUAAGACACACUGUGUGUGAGAGAGAGAGAGAUUGUGUGUGUGUGUGACUGUGUGUGAGUAAGACACUGUGUGUGUGUGUGAGGGGGGGAGGCAGGGACAUUGUGUGUGUGAGAGAGAGAGACUCUGUGGGUGUGUCAGAGAGAGAGGGGGGAGGCAGGGACGUGUGUGUGUGUGAGAGAAAGAGACACUGUGUGUGAGAGGGAGAGAGAGACACUGUGUGUGUCUGUGUGUGUGUGCAGGCGUGUGUGUGCGUGCAGGGGGAGGGUAUGAGAGAUGCCCUACCCCUUUAAGUAGAUCGGCACUUACCAGUCUGAAGGCUGCUUGUUCAGACACAACAGCAGCCACCAGCAGCUCCCUUCCAUGUGCCCCCCCCACCCCGCUCUGCGGAGAUGGGAUACAUGAGCAGGGGGAGGGGAACACCCUGACAUCAGCACCCCCACCUUCCUCCCCGGUCUGCGCAGCAAACAGGAUGCUCCUGGGACCGGCUGGCCCCAGGCUCCAAGGCAGAGCGGGCUGGUAGCUGACUGACUGCUGGGGGGCUGCGCAGCAAGGAGGGAACACGGGUGUGUGCUAACCCUCCCCCUCUUGGCUGCCGGAACCUAUCUCCGUUUGGGGUUGACAAAGCGGGAAAGGUGGAUGCUCCUCUGCCACAGGGCCUGGUCCAGGCGGUGGGUUCAGACGCCAACUAAGUCUGCACAAAACAGUGAGGAAAAAUCUCCUAAGAACAUCACCGGACGAAGUUCCAGGGUUUGAAUCGGGCAACGUUGUGACUAAAAGUGAGGUGGUGCCAAUUUCAAUUGCCACGUUUGCAUUCCCAACAGCCAGAGUUUCUGCUCCCACCUUGUCUGAGUGGUGCUCAGCUCACUAGAGCGGGCUUCCUAAAUUGAUCUUACUGCCUAAACGAGCUGCCCUUCAAAUCUUUGGUUUGUGGAAAUCCAUUGCUUGGGGGCUAAUUUUCUGUUGUUGCCUUGUUUCAACUCAAUUUCUAACUUUAAGAGCUACUGAGAACUGGCAACUCUGUCAAUCAGUCUGUUACACACACACCCGCCCGGUGCUGCCUUUGCAUGUGUGAGACAGCAUUACCUGCUGGUGAGAGAAACAUCCUGACAUCUCUCUCCCUUGGCACGCCACUCUGCAUGUGUGAGCGAGAACAGCCAUCUUCUGAGGCUCACUUCAACCUUUGUGUUGGGUGAAUACUUCUACAUUACUUUCAGCGCCGUUGUGUGUUUCUAACUACAGAGUUGCCCUACUUUAUACUCCACGCUAGCCCCAUUCCUGUCCUGGGGUGGGAAUUUCAUUGGUUUCUAUUUUACCUUUGCCUAUUUUAAAUAACAAAAGCAGGGUACUUUGAGGUAGUUCUCUUUCUGUAUUUGAGCAACAGAGUGUUCAGCUGUUGAUGUAUGGCAUUGCCUUUAAUAAAAAAUAAACAGUGUAAUAAUGGCCGUGUUAGCUUUUGUGUGCUUGGCCCUCCUUUCAAUUGUAUUAUCUUAGCCAAAAUAUCCAGUUUCCUCUAACUUGGUUUUUAGUUCAAAAGUUGUAAUACCAAGUUGCAUUAGAGUUGCUCUAAUCUAAUCACAUCAUUGAGCUUAUUCUUGGUUACCGGAAACUGUUUCUUCGUAAAGGUCCGCUGUUGAAUUAUUUUCAUAAUGCUUAACUACUAGUUCAUCUUAAUUAGCAAAAUACAACCUGUCGAUGCUGUUAGGGGACACUCACGGAUCACACACAGUUUUUUGAAUGUUAAACCCAAUUUUAUACCACUCGUCCAUUCAGUGUAGCUAACCAACCUUCUUUUCAUUUACAUGGUAUUUUAGAAUGUCAUGUUUAGUUAGGGGGUUAAGUUUUGCUACAUUGUAUCACUUGUUUUAUUUACCUUUUUUAUCUGGUGUAUCUUGUUUGCAUACAUCUUGUUGAUUUAAUUGAUUACUGGUUUCUUAAUUGACAAACCAGUUGAUUACUGAAAUAAACAUUUCUCUAUUUCAAAUCCAA